CAACAUGGCUUCAGCUGACAGUUUCGAUAUAGAGAUAGUUUACGAACUAUUCACAAAAUGCGGCCGCGAUGACGGGAGGAUUGAUAUGGAUGGGUAUGCAGAAGCAUUUGAUGAACUGUGCAAACUCUUCAAUCUUCUAGGAACUGUGUUCACUUUUGUCACAUCUGAUGUCCAUGAAAAAAUUGGUAUUUUACGGGCCUACCGUCAGUCUGAGCUGGCUAAGCAGUAUGAAACUGUGAGUGACAUGAUCCACUAUGAGGUGGAAAACAAACUAACAAACAAGAAAACUAAGCCAUUGUCUGGCUCAAGGACGUUGCUACGGUUACACAGAGCUCUGGAAUUUGUGAUUGAUUUCAUGACAGCUGUAACGCAAAUGGAGAUUUCGAAAAAACUUACCAGUAUUGCAGGGGAAUCAUACCAGAAGACUCUGGCAAAACAUCAUCCGUGGGUGAUCCGGAAAGCAGUAGGUGUGGCCAUGUACACACUCCCCACCGGAGAGCAACUGCUCAGUAAAAUGGGCAAGCACGAUAUGGACAAGACUUUAGAGCUGAUGAAUGGCGUGAUUCAGCUUGCCCAGCCUAUCUAUGAUGAAAUUCAGACAAUUUACACAUCUAAUAAUCUCCAUAAUUUAGCGUAG